AUGUCUCUCCAAGAUAAAAUUGCCGUUGUAAGUGGUGCCUCGCGCGGUCUCGGUGCUGCGAUCGCCAAAGCCUACGCCAAGGAGGGUGCCCAUGUCGCUAUUGUCUAUGCAUCCCCUUCAAGCACUCAGUCAGCAGAAGCCGUCAAGAAGGAGAUUGAACAGCUAGGCCGCAAAGCAAUCCUGAUCCAGACAGAUUUGGUCAAGCCAGACUGUGGAGAAGUUGUUUUGCGAGAGACAUUGAAAGGCUUCAAUACCGAGACCAUCGAUAUUCUGGUCUCCAAUGCCGGCAUCUACAAAGAAAACCACACGCUGGAAUUCGACGCGGAGCUUUUCGACAGAGGAGGCCGCAUCGUUGUCAUUUCCUCAAUGGCAGCUACCUGGGCAAGCCCCAAUAUGGACAUCUACAGCGCGAGCAAAGCAGCCGUCAAUGCCAUGAUGAAGUGCUGGGCCGUCUCAUUGGGCAAAUCUCACGGCAUCACCGCCAAUGCUAUCAACCCUGGCUUCUUCCCUACCGACAUCAACGCCCACUUCUCUGAUGAGUUGCUCGAGAAGUUCAAGAACAUGCAGGCUAUUGGUCAUCGUUUGGCGGAUACGGAUGACUUGACUGGUUUGGCGGUCUUUUUGGCU